UCCCGUGUAGAAAUGUGAUAGAACCUGAAUUGUAAGUCGCUUUGGAUAAAAGCGUCUGCUAAAUGACUGUAAUGGAAGAACUAAUUCUUAUGAUGUGAAAAGGGUGUCGGUUUCGUGAAGUUCGUGAAAUUGCUACAGGUAUGCUACAGUAAACGGUACUUGAGUAAAUUAACUUAGUUACAUUCUACCACUGGGUAGUGGCAGGCGUUUGGAAAAGCCGUUCAUCUGGACUAAGGAUCGGGCAUGUACCAAGUCUGAUGUGAGUUUGUCAAACGCCCUUUUUCUCCCAGUAUGGAGUGACCAGUUUCCUUCUGCACCGCGGCUGCAAGCAGACAGCUGCACGUCGGCUUUGAUCCAUUCAGAGUCAGCAGCCACUUAUUCUCACUGAUCACUGAGGAUGUUCAACAGGAGGGUGUGUGUGUGUGUGUGUGUUCGCAUCGCGGUGAGAGUAGCUGGGGAGGAAACACUGUGUAACCAUAUACUGUACACACACACACUGUGUGUAUGGUGUGAUACUGGGAUGUCAGCGAGCUCAGCCCAGACCAAAGGAAUGAGAGAGGCAGUUGUCAUUUAUGCUUCUAGUUUUCUCUGCCAUCCAGAAGAAGUGAUAUUUGAAUUUAUAAGUAAAUGCACUGAUUUCACUUUAACAGGCCAAUACCAAUACAAAUGGAAUAUUCAACACUCAAAUGAACAUGACAACAUGAGAAUCCAUUGCUGGGCUCGUGAGAGUCGUCGGGUCCUGAUAAGAGAUCAUUAAAACAGAAAUCCAGAAUGGUUUUCUUAUCUGAAACAAUCAUCAGACACAAACGGUUCAUGAACAGGGACUUUGAAGGAAUUGAACCACCACAUGGCAGUACUGUCACCAUUCAAUGUGGAACAUGAUGACUUCUUAUAGCUGACUGAUGCUAACUAACUGUAUUCAUUUACCACAUACUUAAAGUCCUUUUGUAUUAGAAUAUUUAAACUAUAUUUUUAUAUUUUAUUUACAUUAUUAGAUUUACUCUUUUAGUGUGGAGGCAGCAUAAUUCUAAACUUAUUUUCUUAUUAUUGUUUCAGUAAAUCAUAUCAUUGUUUGAAGAAAGUAACGGUAAAAUAGGUUGCUGGUUUUCUCUACAGGCUAGCUUCGUGUACAUUAACGGCAUUUGUGCGUGUGGAACAAUGGCAGCACCGUUCCCACAGGCUUUCUCGCCGUCUUUUUUAUUUUAUUCCGCUUUGCCUGUGUCAUUCCCGCUUCGUUUUGUUUUUUGUCUCUCUGGCACCGCCAAGUGAGAAGGGUAUCUCCGAGUGUGAAGCGCUCCCUCCUCCACUCCUUGCUGAAAUCACCCUGCAGUAGCAGCAUGGCAAUUCUGCUCCUCUAUCUUUCCUCUGCAUCAUGUUUACCUAGCAACAAGCAUCACCCGCGGCUGGCCAUCCCAUUGGUCAUUUGAAAACGCACCGGGGACCAAUGGCAGGGCUGUUGCCAUGGUACAGCGUGUAGUUGCCGGGUGGAAUUUUGCUGCAAGGCACGUGAGUCUUGAGUCUGCUUGCCUCCUCGCGCUGCCGUUGUAAUCUCCGCUGUCUGGUCGUUAGUACAGCUGAACGUGAUUUGGUGGAAGCUUGUCAGUAAUUCUGUGAAGGGAAAUACUAAUCAGUGAUAUAGUGAUAUAGGCAUUGCAACGCGUUUCAGAAGUAGCAACAGACAGAAGAAAAAGACAGGAAACGGCUGCAUCUAAUUCCACUGUUGAGAAGCUGCUUUUCCUUUUUUCUGCCAGUGCAAUAUGCUGUAUCACUACCCAACAAUGUACUGAAGCAGGAUUUGAGGUUAUGAGGUUUAACGCUAUCAGAACGAUGUUUGAUAUUUUAAAUCAAACAAAGUAAAUCAUCAAUAACAGUGCAUGAAGAAAUAACCUCAGAAUGAGGUUAAACUGCUGAAAGAAAAGGUGAAGACAAAAAAAUGUUGCAGCACAAAAAGCUUUUUAAACACAGGGUGCUUAUUCUUUAUAUGCAUUUAUUUAUUACUGCAAUAGUAUAUGUAAAUAUAUAUAAAUAAAUAAAUAAAAGCAUCAUUACAUCUUUUUGAAUGUGCAUUCCAGUAAUGUAUGUUAAAUCAUUUCUGUUGUGGAGUCUAACAAUGAAACAAGAUUUUUUUAUACAGGGCAUUGGGUCAACAAGUAUCUUACCUUAUAAAUACAUCUGAUAGGUGCCAACAUAUUAGUUCAAUGAUUUAGAUACUGCAUAUAAAUGUUGCUUUAUUCUUUCCACCAUGAGGAUUGUACUUUCAGUUCUAUUUCUUUGUCUGUUUGAAAAAAAAAAGUUAUUUUCAUAAUUUGUGUUGAAGGGCCUGUGCUUGGUAACAGUAAUUUUAGUGUACGAACUCCCUUAUAAUUAACAGAGAAACUACUGAACAAUUAUGGAGGUCAGCCGUUGUGUGUGUUUGUACUAUACAAAUGUCCUGUCAUCCCCAGCACACACACACACACUCGUUUACCUGUUGCUCGUCUGUCUGUAAUUGUGGAGCUGGUAUAAUUGUGGGCUUUGCAUGGCAUGAUAGGGGUAGAAAUGCGGCACACUCCAAUGCUUCUCCUCAGUGCAAACAAACAUAUGCACACAGCAGGCCGCCGAAAAGCUGCCUGACAGUAGAGUUAAGCUCCGUCUUUUUGUCUUCAUACAUACCUGUCUGCCCGGCCACCUUGUUGGCCGUGUAUCAUGUCUGCCCAGGCAGAGCACAGGUGAAAUGGCCUGUUUGUGGCCUAAAACAAUGUGUCAAAUCGUCACUGAAAACCUCAAAACACAUUUUCCUGCAUCUGAUCAGGAGUGGCCUUUUAUGGGUUUUGUAUGUGUCCUUUGAGCUACAUAUUUUACAGUUUGUACAGUUUACAUUGUAUUCCCAAUGUACAAUCCCUGCGAUGUGUUGAUGCCUAUCAUUCUCUUUCUGUUCUCUAAUUUUCACACAUUGUACAUAUAUGUAUAAUGUAACAUUAUAUUUGGGCCUGAAUCAACUUAAUAGUCAGAGUUGUCUAAAGAAUCUGCACACUGUAUGUAGAGUAGCAAAACAGCUUCACAAAAUACAGAAAAGGACUAUAAUGUAGCAUUUGAAAUAUUCUUUGUUUUUCAUGCAAGGAAAGACAUGACGAGUUAAUUUGUUUAUUUGUUUUGAUGCAAGCAGAGAUGUGAUUGAUUGUCUUUUAUGAAUACAAUGGAUGGGAGAUGAUUUUUGUGUAAUGAAAGCUGUCAAUCGCACGUCCUGGUUCAAACUUCUCAUGUGGUUUUAGAGAAACCCUCCAUCCCGUCUCAUUGUUUGGUUUAGGGUAGAAACCUCUGUAAUUUCAUUGAAUUUAUAGCGCUCGACAACUUUAUUAUGGAUUUUGCUUUUGGGAUUUAUGUAUUAUGUCUGCUCCUUCAUCGCAGCGUGCAAAGUCCAACUUCUAGAGGUAGACGGACAGACCUUCAGAUCCAAUGUCCAUACUGGCAUUUGCACUCAGUGCUGUCCUUUCAACUCAAGUUUAAUACCAUUUGGACGAUAUCGGAGACUCCUGGGUGCCAAUCGCACAGAAAGAGUCCCUAAAAACAAAGCACCAUCCGCUGUCUUCCCAAGUGUGGCAACGUGCUUUACGUUAUCCCGGCUCCCAACUAAGACAGAUCCAGUCACUCUGAGCUGGGUAUUAGGCCUUUUUUAAAGCAGACCACCUGUAGUGAUGCAUCUGCAUGUGAUUAACAUCGUUAGUGUACAUUGCCACCGUGCUGUAUUGCUGUAUAAUCUCACUUCCUGCUUGUUUAUGGCUUAUCUCUUAAUGCAAGGCCUAUAAUUAUAGCAUGUUAUUAGGCCAUGCUAUCUUAUUUUAGAGGUGACUGGUCAGCUGUUUUUCAGUGCGUGGGAGUGCAGUGAUUUGAACCAUGGGUUCUGGAGCUUGAGUAGAUUACCAUGGAAAGCUGCAGGACCUGGAGUCUAUAAGGGACAUUGCAAAGCCAGAAUGCAGUAAAAACUUUGAGGUUUGCCUAUUGGAAUUCAGCUCAAUUUUGCAAGUGAUACUUGACAAUAAAUUAAAAGAUUCCUAAAUUAGUUAUUACAACAUCUCUAAACAAAUUGUUAUUUUACAUGAUCAUUAUGGGGCUUUAUGUGCAGUAUUAGCGUAAUAUACUGUUAUUGAACGUACUGCUGUUUCAGUCUGAUGUGCAUAAGUAGAGGAUUAUCAGGGGAGACCUUACCUUUGUACAGUAAUUACAGUAAGCAAGCUUCUGUGGACUUUUCACCAUCACCUUUUUUUUUAUUACAUAUUACUGAGUGAUUAAUCUGCACACGUUAAAGAUAUAAAAAAAUCACAUUAAAAAUAACUCUGGUGACACACAUUUCUCGGUGCAGUGUGAGUUGCAUUCGAGGGUAAGUUUUCCUUUAAGGAGCCGUCAGCUGGUCUGUGACACGGCUCGUGUGCAGAGCUGUUCCCAGGCAGCAUUGUGCCUGAUUUAGCCGGAAUGGCCGGAUAGCAACAGUAACAACUUUUAGCUUUGGCUGGUUUGUGAGGAAGGAGAAGUCGCACAUCUCAGCUGUAGAGAGUCACUCAGUGACCAUGUGCUCAUGGAAGCCUCUCGCCCCGCUCUCUCCCCCGCUCCCCCGGUUAUAUCUCCACCCACACCCCCUCGGUCUCCCUCCCUCUCUCUCUCUCUCUUUCCAUUUCUACCUGACAUCUUCAAACUAUUUCCGCGUCAUUCCUGCCUCGCGCCGUUUGAAGAGAGACUGGGAAACUAAGCCGUCCGCCCCGCCCACAGACCCGUCCGCUACCCAAUCACGACCAAGGAUGGGACUUUAUGUAGCCAAUUGGGUUGCAGCUGCCUCCGCGUCGGGUAGCAACAGAGCCCAUAGCGGGUGCGUGCUGAGUGAGGGUAGAGGCUGCGUUUACCCGAGCACAGAGAAGUUCAAACAUUUUGAAACACUGAAUGAACCAAAUGAGCCUUUUGUGUGUAACACGGUGGCAAUAAUAUAACCUAGUUAUCCACUUAGUAUUAUUGCAGGUCUGUCAUAUUUGCACGAGUCACAUAAAAGGUUAUAAAAACGGUCAUCAACGUUGUCUACUGUUUUAGACUCUACUGUAAACUAGCUCUUUCUUCACCAAAUAUGUUUGCAGUUAUAAGGGCAGCCUGUGUAUUAAGAUAUGAAUAUGUUGUAGAGGGGGAAACGUGCACGUUUUAAAGGCGGUUUGUCAAUAUAGACCUCUGUCUCCUUGUCCCUUUCUCCUUCCCCCUCCCUCCAGCCCGGGUCUCCUUAUAAACAUUGCACAACUCGCUUGCUUAUGAGCACACCACAAAAUAUUUCUGUCAGACCCUAAACUGUUUAAUUCACGAUUAAAGCUGUAUUUUGCUGAACCUUUAGAAAGUAUAUUCAAUGUAUUUUAGAAUGUUCUUCUGUCAAGUUUUGGUUAAACGUAAUACCUAUCCUUGGCCUGUAGGAAGUGGUUAUAAGUAUGUAGCAACUCGUUUUAGUCGGAGCUGUAUCCAUAAAACUGGAUAACGGGUUUAACUAAAGGUUGUCUAUGUAUGCGUGAAUAUAAAGUUCCAGUAUAUAUAUCCUGCUGUUACUAUAAAUGGCCAGGACGGCAGAGGUCUGCUUGGAACAGACCACUGUGGUUAGAGGGGGGGGGGGGGUUACUGUCCCGCUAACUCACUUGGGUCGUUGAUAGCGUACCGUAAAUUAACUUGCCGUCCGAGUAAUGGAUAAUGUGAAAUACCCCGUGAAAUGUCAGUAACGUCGUGUUUCCGUCACGUAUGCGUAUCUGUCCUGGUAUCACCAAGACUACCGAAGGCUGCGCCAGACAGGCCCGCGUCGACCCCCGCCUCGGGCACAUGGUACAGUCCCCAUCGCAGGGUGGGGGAGCAGUGUGGGAGAGCAGCACAGAUUCCGUCUAACGGAGGAGCACGGAAAGGGAAACGGGCGACAAACAUGAGUCCAAAUCGCCCUUGUGAAGGUUUCCACCUUGAAGGAAUAAAACAUCUCCCGAAAUUGUAAGAAGGACGCGUAAAGGAGGACAUUGAAUGUGAGAAAGAAGAGAGAGCGGAAGCAGACGGAAGAAGAGGCGCGUCAAGAAGCGAUCAAAGGCGUCUGACAGCAAGCUCAGGAACUUCACUGGAUCUGCUUUCUUUACUUUGGAGACGUUUCUCAAGUUUUGGUUCGUUGCUGUUCAGACGCUAUUUGUGUUUUUUUAUUUUAUUUCGGGGAGAUUACCUCAGAGGCUCGACUUCUUCCUGGAUCGAGCUAUGCUUUGGUAAACAGAAGAUACCGUCGGAGGUUGGGAGUACAAUGCAGGCCGCCAGCGGCUGGUUCUGUGUGUUUCUUCAACGCGAGGAGACAUUUGGCAUCUAACCCCAAAUACCGGAUCUAAACUUUUGUUCCCCGACGUCUCCCCCAGCUUUGCCCCCAAAAGGGAAAGCGGUUUGCGGUUGAGGUGCAGUGUCCCUGCUCGUGAAUGGUACGUCACUUUGUUCCUGCACACAGCCCCGUUGGCCCGUGAGUUGUGGAUAUCCAGUUAGCGGAACUUUCUCCGGAGCCGCACGUCUCCGUGAAAUCAACACGUUGCAGCGGACUGGUUUGUUUACAGGCGUUUGUGCGAACUGCUUGUUGUCACAGAGACAUCCCCGCGCAGUGUAUGUGGGAUUACGUUAUUGUCUGGCUUUUCUAAAAAGGGCUCCUUUUCACCCUGGCAGAGGCCAGCCACCUUCUGCUGUAGGCGGGUGAAGAGGAGCUGAGGCUCCGCGGAGCUCUGGCUGUACAGGCCCUGUGACAUUGCCAGUGGAGGGCCGCUCGUGCGUGCGUGCGUGUGCGUGUGUGUGUGUGUCACUGGGAUUAAUCCGAGUGAUAGCAUCACUCCCUACUGCCCUACUCUGUCCAGUGACGGGUCCACCCCAAGAAAGCGCCAGUAAUUGGAGCUAUUUUUAGCGUAAGGGAUGGGGUAAAAGCAGGCAGCUGGAAACCCAACUCCCCUCCACCUCCUUCUCUUCCACCCCUUCUGUCACACCACCUCGCUCAGCCCACCUGGCAGCAUGCUGGGCGAGCCUGGUUAGCACAGACUUGACUUGCAGAUAGUUAAUGUGUUUUUACAAGUAGUGUGUUAACAACAAUUGGAUGAACUUAUUCCGCUGAGUAACAUAUGAUCUGUUGGAACCAUGCUGACCGUGGAGUCUUAUUAACCUGGGAAUACUAGCUGUACUGUGUUCUACUGGUGAAGGCUGCACUGGACACACACAACCCUAUACUGGAUUACUACUAAGAUGCCUGAAGAACUAUUAGCUGUGUACUUUUUGUUCAACCUGCCCUGGACUAAGUGAACCUGUCACAAGCAAGUAGAGUCCAUUCUCAAACUCCUACUCAGAGUAACUACUCAUUACCAUACUGUAAUAGAAGAAAGGCCUACUUUUUGACUCAUUUCAAAUAUCAGUCACCAUCGCUCUGGAGCGGUACAAACCUCCAGCACACAGAAAGAAUGCAUGAAACUGCCGAAACCAACGAAACAAAAAAGCUAACCUGACUAACCAAAUAUUCUAUCUCCCCAGACUCCCCAUACCCACAGAGAAACAGAAUAUAUAUGUAGAAUGAGAGAUCUAUAUCUAUAGUGUAACUCCACAGAAGACAGAGAUUACAUCCUUUAUAUUUUUACUUCAGAGAGACAAGCUGCCUGUACACCAGUUGGUUGCCUUAGAAACCACAGUCACACAAAAAAAAGGAAAAGAAAGAAGCCAGAGAAGAAGGUGCCUUUUGAUUGGUCGGUUGGUUUCCCACCAUUUCAAGAUUCAUUGAUUCAGUUGGAUGUAAACUGUUGAAGCGAACUCUGGGAUUGAAAAAAACGCGUCUCAUGACAGACUAAAACUCCCUUCACAAGCCCCGCCCACCGUUCAAAGCGUUUUGAUUGACAGUGUUUCCCUGCUGGAUUGAUCCCUUGCCGAGCAUUUCCAUGGUGAUCACGUCAUCCACCGUGGAGGACAAGCCCGUGCCCUCUCUCAGGAUGGUCCAAACUGAACCCUGGAUCUCCUCUGCCCUGCUGCGCAAGAACAAGAGUGUAAGCAGCUCAGGAUGUCCGCCCACCUCCUCCUCCUCCUCCUCCUCCUCCUCCUCCUCCUCCACUGCCCAGGGCUUCUCCCUCGCUGAGCCAGCCAUGACCAGCCAGCACACACAUACACACCCCUCCUUCAGCUCCAUCCACUCCAUGGCCGAGCAGCAGCAGGUGCUGUCUGAUAUGACCAUACUCCAGCGGAGGAUCCCCCCUAGUUUCAGAGACCCUGCCAGCGCCCCACUGAGGAAACUCUCUGUUGACCUCAUCAAAACUUACAAGCACAUCAAUGAGGUGUACUAUACUAAGAAGAAGCGACGGGCCCAGCAGGUCCCUCCAGAGGACAGCAGCACCAAGAAGGAGAGGAAAGUCUACAACGACGGCUAUGACGACGACAACUACGACUACAUUGUCAAAAACGGAGAAAAGUGGCUGGACCGCUAUGAGAUAGACUCGCUGAUCGGGAAGGGCUCCUUCGGACAGGUGGUGAAGGCCUACGACCACCAUGAGCAGGAAUGGGUCGCCAUUAAGAUCAUUAAGAACAAGAAGGCAUUUCUAAACCAGGCACAGAUUGAACUACGCCUGCUGGAGCUCAUGAACAAGCAUGACACUGAGAUGAAAUAUUACAUAGUCCACCUGAAGCGUCACUUUAUGUUUAGGAACCAUCUCUGUUUGGUGUUUGAGUUGUUGAGCUACAACCUGUACGAUCUGCUGAGGAACACCAACUUCAGAGGAGUCUCCCUCAACCUCACCAGGAAAUUUGCACAGCAGCUGUGUACAGCGUUAUUAUUCCUGGCCACUCCAGAGCUGUCAAUCAUCCACUGCGACCUGAAACCAGAGAACAUCCUGCUGUGUAACCCCAAGAGAUCCGCCAUCAAGAUAGUCGACUUUGGGUCCUCCUGCCAGCUGGGACAGAGGAUCUACCAGUACAUCCAGAGCAGGUUCUACCGCUCUCCCGAGGUCCUGUUGGGAAUGCCGUACGACCUGGCCAUCGACAUGUGGUCUCUGGGAUGCAUCCUGGUGGAGAUGCACACAGGAGAGCCUCUCUUCAGCGGCUCCAACGAGGUUGACCAGAUGAAUAAGAUUGUGGAGGUUCUGGGGGUCCCGCCCAGCCACAUGCUGGAUGCAGCUCCUAAAGCCAGGAAGUAUUUUGACAAGCUGUCAGACGGUCUGUGGACAGUGAAGAAGAACAAGGACGUCAAGAAGGAGUAUAAGCCCCCGGCCACACGGCGUCUUCAUGAGAUUUUGGGUGUAGAGACUGGGGGCCCAGGGGGGAGAAGGGCAGGGGAGCCGGGACACGCCCCCUGUGACUACCUGAAGUUUAAAGACCUGAUCCUGCGCAUGCUGGACUACGACCCUAAAAGCCGCAUCACGCCAUUCUACGCCCUGCAGCACAAUUUCUUCAAGAAGACGACAGAUGAAGGAACCAACACCAGUUCAUCUACAUCCACCUCUCCUGCCAUGGACCACUCCCAUUCAACCUCCACUACUAGCUCUGUUUCUAGCUCUGGUGGCUCCAGUGGUUCUUCCAAUGACAACCGCAACUACCGCUACAGUAACCGCUACUACAACUCUGCUGUUACACAUUCAGACUAUGAGAUGACCAGCCCUCAGGCUCCCUCCCAGCAGCAGAUGAGGAUGUGGCCAGGCAGUGAUGGUGGAGGUGGGGGUCAGGACCCAGCAUACACCCAGUUGCUGCUCCACAAGCCGGCUGCCUCCCAACAGCACCAGCGCCACUUCCUGGACCCGCCCCACCACCCACACCCGACCUACUCCCACCACGGGAACGGCGGGCGCGGCCUGCGGCAGAGUGGACAGACGGGCAUCGGCGGAGGGGGGGGCCAGCAGGGAUCCUCGCCCCAGAUGAGUGACAGCAUGGAUGUGGGCGUGUCCCUAGGGCUGCACCACCUGGGGGCGGUGUCUUCCAUGGAGGCCUCUCAGUUCGGCUCGGCCUCCCUGCCCCUCGCUCUGCCAAUCGGACUGUCUGCCUUCCGGACUCGGACGGCCCCCACCGCCCCAGGGCCACAAGCCCCGCCCCCUGAGGACUACUACCCUGCCUCCAACAACAAUAACCCCGCUGCGGGGGGCAGAGGGAGGCCGGACUCAGACGAGGGGCCAGCCAACUCUUGAUAAAACCUGAACCAUGCCCUAAAGCCAUACAAUUUUAACUACAACUACUACAACUACACACAUACAGCCAGAGUUCAGAGACAAAGAGGUGAACUUUGUGCUGAAGGAGACAGUUUGUACUGCAUGAGAGGAGGAGGAGGAGGAGGAAGGAGGAAGAUGCUGGGGGAAACUCUCCCUUUUUAUCCCAUUUUAGUUUGUUGUCCUUCUGUUGCGACUGUAAUUGGAAAGGAAUGAUUGUGACGAGUUUGUUUUUAUUAAUAUUAUUAUUAUUGUUGUUUAAUAUUAUUUGAUUUUUCUCGGGUUUGAGGAGUUGCGUGUUCUACUUGGUUGUUGUUUAAGCCUGGAGAGGAGGAGGAGGAUGAAGAAGGAAGAGAGAGAGGAGCCAUGCUUUUCCAUUUUACUCCAUGUGGUGGCUGCAAGUGGAAGAUCACAUGUCCAUGGUCACAUCGGUUAGUUCUGACAUUAGUGUAUUCAUAUUUACAGUCCCUAGAGACGAGCAGUCUUAACACACACACACACACACACAUCUACUGCUGCAUCAAGAAGACAGAAGCUGGUUUCAAAGGGAGAAAACGCCAACCUGUGUGUGAUUCAGGACUCCUGUCUGUGUUAAACUCACUUUUUCUUAGAGUUUUUCGCGUCCUCCCUCCGUCGCUCUCCACCUGGUCUCGACGGCGUGCGGAGAGAGGGAGGGAGGGGGGGAGGGAGGAGGAGGGAGGAGAAGGUGGCAGGACACUGAUGCCUUCCUGGCGCUCAUAGGGAUCUCCUUCUCCUCCUCAUCCCCUCCCUCUCCCCCUGCUCUCUUCUUCCUCUCCUCCUCCUCCUCCUCCUCCUCCUCCUCCUCCUCCUCCUGUUGUGUUUCUCCUCCAGACAGCUCCUCCUCUCUGUGCUGCUAAUCACCAUGACAACUGGUCCGGAUUGCUGCUAAAGAUCCAACACAGAUCAAUAAAGAAAUAAAAAGAAAUAGAAACAGAAAUAAAAAAAAAUAAAAAAAACUUUUUAACCCUUCUGCUUAAGAGAAAAGGAUAAAGUAAGAACCACUGCAUCUCAAUGUAUUUAUUACUAUUUAACAAGAAAAAACAAACUGAAAGUAACCCUUUUUUCUGCUCUUCUUUGUUUGGUUGCCUUCUUUCUGCAGGUGAGCUCUGAUUGGCUAUUGUAACAGUGACAGUAACUGGUGACAUGGGAAUGCCACCGGUUGUGGGGGCUGGGUGGAGGGGAGGGGUUUGGGGCAAAAUAAAGUUGGAUAUAUAAUAAGAA